UUUUUUUUCUUUUCUAGUAAGAAUUUAAACGAAUUACUCAGAUGAAUACUUGACUAAUUGAAUCAGGUGUGCUAGUUGAGAUAAACGCAAAAUUGGAACUGGAGAAACAUUUUGUGAAAUUGGGAAAAUGCGUUUUAAGAAUACGUUUGGGGUACCCUGCUUGACGCAACAACAUUAUUAAGUAAAGUAUGACAAGAAUUGUGAAAAUUGGAAAAAUAGCAACAUUUGUAUAUUUAAGCGUUUUUCAUGUAACUGUUGGCGUGCGUCCCAUUUAAACAUGAUCGAGGGAUCCUGCAGUGUUUACGUCGUGAAGUAGGCUAUUGAACACUCAAUUGAAUUUCCUACCUGAUUUCGACCGCCUUCCUUUCGAAAAUACCCCUCCCCUUUUACUCAUUCAUCCUGAUUAACAUUCCAGACACGGACUGACACAAAAACGACCGUGGAUGACAUAACAACAGCUAUAGAAGAGGUAACGAAAUAUAGUGGACUGGACUGGGAAAAAGUGGAUGAACAAAACAUCAGUCUUUGAAAGACACCGUCUGUGUUUGCAACGCUACGGGAGGACAGGCUAGCCGUCGGUGGAGUGGAGCCACUCUCCUCGGACAGCUGCCAGGCAAGGUGUUCUCCGUCCCCCGAGGCUGAGCGGAUUAGAUAACUCCACACAGGACUGAGCGCAUCUCCACUCCUCUGGACAGGACCGCCUUAUUUACUGUGAAUGCGGAGGGGAGGUGACAAUGUCAAGGGACAGCUGUGGUCGAAUAUGCUGCAGGGGGCUGUAUAGCUGCUAUUGGAAGCAUCCCAGUGAGAGGAAACGAAAAUGUUCCUGCUGCUGGUUCGGCCUUGUCACUGUGGUGUCUCUGCUGUCUCUCUGCUGGAUGUACGUCUGCCUGACCACGUUUAACGACCGGGAAGAUGUGAACUGGAAGGCCUUUUCAAUUCUGAGACGGUGGGUGAACUGGUUUCUGGUGCUCAUCAUCCUGUCCGCUUUGCUGACCGUCUACUUCCUGCUGUUGCUGGCGUUUGCGCUGUUUCAACUGGCCUUGAAGGAGCCGUUGGACUUGCAUUGCCUGCACAAGGCAUUCCUGUUUGUCGGCGUGGUCUUCAUGGCAUUGGGUGCCACUGGAAUAAGCAUACUGUGGAAGGUAGAAUGGCAUACUGUCCUGCUGUCACUUCAGGCCACGGCUCCAUUCCUACAGAUGGGAGGGGUCGGAGCCUUGACUCUGGUCAGCUGGGUGGUCUUCAGAGGGUUCCAUAGAGCCCGCAGAACAGUUUCUAAGAUCUUUGUCAUGGCGGUAUUUCUUGGCGUGUCCGUGGCAAUCUUCCUGAGCCCUCUCCUCAUCCAAUCACCUUGCCUGAUGGAGCCGAAGCAACGGCUGCCCCCUAAACCUAAUCUCAUUGGUCAUCGCGGGGCGCCAAUGCUGGCCCCAGAGAACACGCUGAUGUCAUUCCAGAGGAGCACAGAGUGUGGCGUGAUUGCCUUUGAGACAGACGUGCAGCUCAGUAAGGACGGCAUUCCUUUCCUGAUGCAUGAUCACAACAGUCAUUUCCUGAUAAGGACUACAGAUGUUCUCCAGAAGUUCCCUGGGAAGGACUUUAGCCAUAGCACAAACCUCACCUGGGAUGAGCUUAAGAGGUUAAACGCUGGUGACUGGUUCUUGACAAACGAUCCAUUCGGCUCAGUGUCCCAGCUCUCAGAGCAGGAGAAAGAGACUGCUGGGAACCAGACAAUUCCGUCACUACUGCAGCUCUUGAACCUGUCCAGAACCCAUAACAUCUCUGUCAUCUUUGACCUAAAAAAUCAUCUGGAAAUCAAUGACACUCUGAACACUGCGAAAACAAUCCUCAAAUCAGAAAUCCCCCAAGACCUGAUCCUCUGGCUUCCCUCCAGGCACCGGGAGGAUGUAAGGAAAAUCGCCCCACAGUUCAAACAGGUCUAUGACCGUGUGUCUGAGAUGGACCGUGAUGGAGGUGAUCAUCUCAACCUCAAAUACAGCGAGUUGCGCGCUGCCGAGAUUAGGUCCCUUCGCAACAGGAAUGUGUCGGUGAACCUCUGGGUGGUGAAUGAGCGAUGGCUCUUCUCACUGGCUUGGUGCUCUGGGGCCAGCUCUGUGACCACCAAUGCCUGCCCCCUUCUCAAGGACAUGACCAGUCCUGAUUGGACAAUGGAAACUAGAACGUACAUGAUAAUUUGGAUCACAGUGGAUCUGGGAUCCUUGCUGAUAAUGUUUUCACUGUUCAUCUUUCAGUGGUGGUGUUAUGGACAUUCUGAAGGGAAAGGGAAGCAAAGAAAGGAAGUUUCCGUCUGGAAUCGGAGAGAACUGUCCCCCUUCUUGUAAGGAGCUAAAACUGUCCCCCCCUGUAAAAAAUCAGUUGGUUAGAUAUAUUUUUAUGACACAAUAUUACCAUCUGUGAAGAUUUUCUUGAUUAAAUCAGGUAAAUGUAAUAUUUGAAAAGCUAAUCCUCACACACACAGUUAGGAUUGUAACUCUACAAACUUAUGCUGUGAUAAGAAACGAACCAGCUUGGCAAGAUAUGGUUUGAGGCAUGGGCAUUUUGGGGAAUUUGACAUCGCAAAAAGUGGGGUAAAAGUAUAAUAAUUUUAAAAAACGACAAUUGUAUAACAAGUCUAAAAAAAAGGUAUUAGUUUAAAUAAUAUAAUUUCCCCCUUUUUGCAUGCAAUGAAGUUUAGCCUUCAUUAUUUAAUUUCAUGCAGUCUCCCAUGUUCAUUUUGAGGAUGACUAUUAAACAUUCAUCCAGAGAAUUUCAUUGUCAUUGUACUUCAACAUACAGUACCUUUGGAAAGUAGUCAGUCUCUUAAUCUUCUCCACAUUUUUAUGGACUUAAUAGUAUAUAUUUGUUUGCCCUCAGUUUACACACAAUUCCCCAAAAUGAUGAAUCUCAUAUGUACCUAUGUAUUCUGACCUUUUUUCAGUGCUUUGUAGAACCACUUUUGGCCACAAUGACAACUGACUUUUCUUGGAUGUGAUCCUACUCGAUGUUCAGUAGUGUCCAAACGGGGUCGUUAAAGGACGUUCAGACUCUUCCCAAAACCUCCCCAGUUUUGCCUUGGCUUUCCCUUUAGGGUUUGUAUUAGCCAAGGGAUGAAUGACAGUUUUUUACUUUGUUUUUGAUAGAUCUAGUGCUUGGCAUUCAGGAAUAGAAGUUAGAUUGUCUCAUCAGAACAGAGAAUUUUUAUGUUCUGAGUCCCUCUGGUGCUGUUUCUUAUGCUUUUUACCCGGGAUUGGCUUUCUUCUAGCUACUAUACUAUCAAGGCCUGAUUAAUGGAUUGUUGCAAAAAUGAUUGUCCAUAUAGCAGGUUUUCCCCAUCUCUGCAGAGAAAGAAACUCUGUUAGUGGCCAUUGAUUUCUUGGUCAAUUCCCAGACCAAGCCUCAUCUUGCUUGGAUACUUAGUUUGUUCAGACGGCCAGCUCUACAAGGAGUCUUGGUUGUUCCGAACUUCUUCCAUUUCACAAUGAUUGAUAUAUAUAUAUAUAUAUUUUUUUUUUUAACCUUCUCCAGAUCUAUGCCUUGACAUUAUUCUGUCUCAGAGGUCUACAAAAUGUUUCCUGAUUCGGUUUUCUUUCUGACAUGCACUGUGAAUUGUGGGUCAUUACAUUCUAAAUCAUGUCCAAUCAAUGGGAUUCGCCACAGACUCAAAGUUCUAGGGACACCCGAGGAAUGAUCAAAGGACAUAGGAUGUUUGAGGUCAAUGUGAAGGGUCAUGGAAAAGGGUCUGAAUGCUUAGGUACAUUAUGUAGGCACAAAUCUCUCCGGUCUUGUCUUUGUCAAUUUGUGAUGGCAAGUAAAAUAACUGUGGAGAAAGCAAAAGGUGUCUACUUUAUAACGAUUGGUAAGUUAUGGUGUGUACAUAGAAUGUGUUGGUACGACACUAUGGAGAAAAUUAUGAUGUGAAAGGAUGCCAAUCUGUUUUUUCAGUGAUAAAUGUCAGUGUCUUUUCAGUGCCCUUACGGUUGCAUUCUGAAUGAGAUUGAGAUUUGAAUGUAAUUUGAUCGAGAUCAUGUCAUUGGCAGAUGUAGUGUGCCUUUGCGUCUAAUAAAAGUGUUUUACUACGGUCUGUCUGUGGAAUGUGUUCAGGUGCUGCCUCUUGCCGAUAGCAAUGUCUCUGUUACAACCAGGAGAUGGCAGCCGUGACAAACUUUUGUACUUCGCGAGAUUAACGUUUCCUCGUGGUGUUGCUGACGAUGCUAGAAUGGGUGCAGUUCUGAUGACAGGUGCAGUUGAUGAUAAGCAUAAAGAUUAUUGUAUUAUAAAUAUAUUUUUGUAUUACAAUAACUGUUUGUAGUAGGGCGUGUUUAAACAUUUUAUUUUUUAUAUCGGUCCGUAUACUCAAGUGGUAUUCCAACCAUUUGGGGGGAGGGGGGCGGCAUUUUUUAGGCUGAAUAUCUGUGCAUCCCAUUUUGGGCGAGCAUAAUUUCUUACGGGCCACCACAAAUGUAAUAAAACAAUCUUGAAUAUCGA